AAUUCUCAAUCUCCACUAGUUUAGAACAGAUUACCGCAAUGAAAAUGGAUCUUCAAGUGAGACUCGCUUGGAUGCUUCUACUAAGUACUUCUCUCCUAUGUGAACCAGCAAAUGGUAUCUGGUGGAAGUCAACAGAAGACAGUGAAGACACACUAUGGGCCAGAUUCUCAGACUGGUUUAAGAAGACAUUUAGACCCAAAGGAGACACACCACAAUUGCGACUGGCAGCUGGUGAGAACAGAUGUGCCGGAAGGGUUGAAGUUUAUCACAAUGGCGAGUGGGGGACAGUCUGUGAUGAUUCCUUUGAUAUGAACACUGCCAGAGUUGCAUGCAAACAACUCAACUGUGGCCAAGUUGCUUCUGUCCUGGGGUGGGCUUACUUUGGCCCUGGAGAAGGAAACAUCCUUCUGGAUGAUGUAAAGUGUGCAGGAACUGAAUCUCACAUUUGGGACUGCCCACACGCCGGCUGGAGCAAGAGUGACUGUGGGCACAAUGAGGAUGUCGGUGUCAUCUGCUCAGAUGCAGUGCGUUCCCCAAUUAUACCAACAGAAUCUUCUACACCCACUAUUGUCACAGAGGGAAGUGCCACAUCAGCUACUGAAAUCCCAGACACAACUUAUGAAGGCUUCACCUCCACUACAGAAGAAGAUGGGACUACAGAAAUCCCCACCUUGCCUCCAGAAGUCUGUGAAAACUCAGCAGAACCACCAACGCCACCCAUCACAACUACAGAAGACAGCGUGACCUCAACUCCAGGCAUCUUUCCCACAGUUCUUGAAUAUCCCUUCUCUGUCCCCAGCACUGCAACUACACAGACAACAGAUGUUACAGAGAUCCUGGCCACCACUCUGGGAGAUCCAUCUACUACAACCCCUGUUGUCACAGAGGAAAGCAUCACAACAGAGGAAAGCAUCACAACAGCUAUUGGAAUCCCCACAACAGAGGAAAGCAUCACAACAGCUAUAAUGGAAUCCCCACCCAACAGAGGAAGCAAUCCACACAGACUAUUGAAAUCCACAACAGAGGAAAGCAUCACAACAGCUAUUGAAAUCCCCACAACAGAGGAAAGCAUCACAACAGCUAUUGAAAUCCCCACAACAGGGGAAAGCAUCACAACAACUAUUGAAAUCCCAGGCACAACUUAUGAAGAUUCAACCAACAAUUUUGGCACAGAAAAGGAUGAUCUGUUCACAUCGACCCCAGUCAUAGAGAGCAGUGAGCCCAUAACAACCCCAGCACCACCCUCCACACUUACAGAAGCAGAUGUUCCAGCCCUGUCCCUGAGGCUCGCAGAUGGUGACAACAAGUGCUCAGGCCGCGUGGAGCUCUAUUACAACAACAGCUGGGGAACAGUCUGCGAUGAUGCCUGGGACAUGGGUGAUGCUGAGGUGGUGUGCAGGCAGCUGGGCUGUGGGGAGCCUAUGAUGGCAGUGCCUGAAGCACAGUUCGGACAGGGCUCUGGGAACAUCCUCCUGGAUAAUGUGCUGUGCAGUGGGGAUGAGGACAGCCUGUGGGACUGCUCUCACAGAGGGAUAGGAGUGCACAAUUGUCAGCCAAAAGAAGAUGCUGGUGUCAUUUGCGCAGAGCCAGUUACUCCCCCGGUCCCAACAGAGCUUGUCCCAGCUGAGCUGUCCCUGAGGCUGGUGAAUGGAGACAAUGAGUGCUCAGGGCGCCUUGAAGUCUUCUACAAUGGCAGCUGGGGAACCAUCUGUGAUGAUGACUGGAACAUAGACAGUGCCAGGGUUGUGUGCAGGGAGCUGAGCUGUGGAGAUGCCAUCUCAGUCCAAAAAAAUGCCUUUUUUGGGGAAGGCACAGGAGAUAUCCUCAUGGAUGAUGUGAAAUGCACAGGGGAUGAGUCCUUCCUGAUGGAGUGCUCUCACAGGGAGAUGGGAACACAUGACUGUUUGCACAAGGAAGAUGUUGGUGUUAUCUGCACAGGCCCCGUGGAUCUUACCACUCCAGGAACAACAGCAGUCCCAGUUGAGUCCGCCAUAGCUGAAACUUCAGCAGCCCCUACAGGCAGCACCACAACUGAAGCACCAGUAACUGCCCCUCCCACUUCUGGACCAGAAAUCACUACCAGCUACCCUGCAGGCAGCACCACAUCUGAAGCACCAGAAACCUCGACAACCCCAGCAGUCUCCUCACCUCUACCAGUCUCUUCAACUCCUGAAGACACAGGAUUGAGCACUUCUUCUCCAAGGCCAGUACCUGUAAGCCAAGCAACCCUUACUUGUCUGCCUACUUACAUGCGGGCAAUCAUCAGGAGAUCCUACAUCAACUCCAGAGGGUAUCUUGCAAGUGACAUCCACCUGAGGGACCCCAGGUGCAAGCCUGUGAUUACCAGCUACCGCGUCAUAUUCCGCAUACCCUACACUGGCUGUGGCACACAGAGGCUGGUAUCACGUGGAGCCGUCACUUAUUCCAACACAGUGAAAGGAUCCAUUUCUGGCAACUUCUACAGCAAAAAAAAGAAUUCGUUGUUAAACUUCUCCUGCAAACUGUACAACAAUGCUCAUGCCCAAACAAUACCCAGCGUCUUGCAGCCUCCAUACCAGGAAACUCCAUCUAGACAAUUUGUUGUCAAGUUCGCCUUUUAUGAUUCACCAUCUUUCACAAACAUAGUGAGGUCAGCCCCAUUCUACGUAAUGCCAAACCGGAAUCUGUUUGUUCGCGCUACCCUGUACAGCACACAGCCAAACCUGAUGCUGUUCGCAGACACCUGCGUGGUCUCUCCAAAUCCUCGGGACUUUGUGACUGUGGCAUCUGAUAUCUUACGAAAUGGGUGUGUCAGAGACCCAACCUAUAUGAGCUACUUGUCACCAGACAGGAGGAUUGUCCAGUUCAGAUUCAGAGCCCCCAGCUUUAUCCGCAGAUACUCAUCAGUUUACCUGCAGUGCAAGAUGGUGGUGUGCGACAGAUACGAUUAUUCCUCCCGCUGCUACCAGGGCUGCCUAGCCAGAGGCAAAAGAAGCACAAGAGAUGUCGAUGAAAGGCUUGUUACCGUUGUCUCCAGGCUACAAUAGCCUCAAUAACACUUCUUCUAAUUAAAAUACCACGUUGAUCACUUCUGUGUGUGAUCAGUACUUUGCACGCCUGCUAAUGCAUUCUAAAAAUACAUCCUACAGGGUGUAAAUCUGAAGGUAUUUUCAUCUUAACUGUACUUGCGUUCCUUAGUUCCAGACUUUUGGAUCUAUGUUCCAGAUUUGUAAAAGCCUAAACUUCAGUAAAAACUCAGUGAUAAACUGUAA